CCAUGGACUGCUUUUGGAGCCGCAAGCUUUGUUCCCGAAACAAUCGAUGUCGACAGCGCUUGCCGCACAAUUAACAAAUGGCUUGAUGGUUGCAAGGAGCACGAUGGAUGCGCCGGCUAUCACAGCCGCAGCACAAUUCUUCCUACACGUGUACUAGAUCUGGGGGGAAAUCCAGCUGCUCAAGAUUCAAUUAAGCUGUUGGAGACUAGGUGGAUCAAAGGAGGAACUUAUAUGACUCUUAGUCAUUGCUGGGGACCCGCACAACUCAUCACAACUACCGCGAAUACCAUCGAACAGAGGAAGGCUGGGAUUCCCUUGGAAGAUCUACCGCAGACCUUUAAAGACGCUGUGUCUCUGACCCGGAAUCUCGGUAUUCGGUAUCUGUGGAUUGAUUCAUUAUGCAUCAAACAACUCGAUGAAGAAGAUUGGGAAGCUGAAGCAAGCAAGAUGGGGUCUGUUUACUCACACUCUUAUCUGAAUAUUGCUGCCACGAGCUCUGCAGAAGGCCGAGGGGGAUGUUUCAAAGAAAGGCUGGUCUCAGUCGUCGAGAAACCAUCUCCAUUGAGAGUGAAGUCACAUAAGAUAGCCAAGCCCUACUUAGGGUCUAACAUGAUUUACGUGCGCCCUGUGUUGGAUUCAACGCACACGGCUCUACAGAGAAAUGGCUCUUUUGGUACCUCGGCAAUAUCGCCUCUACUCUCUCGGGCUUGGGUUUACCAAGAGCGCCUUUUGGCCCCUCGGACGGUUCACUUUCAUGCAACAGAGCUGCUAUGGGAAUGCAUAUCUGCUUCGCGAUGCGAGUGCGGUGGUCUCGACCGCAAACCAAUCGAUAAAUUCCGGCCCAAUACAUUCGGCGCAGGUCUUACCAGAGAAGACCUCUCAGAGCAGUGGUUCUCAGUCGUACAGCAGUACUCCGGACUGAAUGCCAGUCAUCCUUCAGACAAAUUACCAGCACUCUCUGGCAUUGCAGAGCAGUUCCAAGCAAAACUAGAGAGCGAAUACCUGGCAGGCUUAUGGCGCAAUUGCCUUUUUAGAGGCCUAUCCUGGAUUGUUGCUGAUGGCACCAAAGCAUGCAGGCGAUUGCCGUACCGAGCCCCGACCUGGUCUUGGGCAUCU